UCACCACUCGCGAGUGAACUCUCUCACUCUGCUGGACAACUGGUUUACGAGUACUAUUACGACGUAUAUUUCUUGUGAGAUGCCUAAACUAGAGGAAUGGUCAGAAGGGUGGUCAAAGGGCAGAACAUCGUUCCACCGGACAUUCGUUCACAAGUCAUUGCUAGAGUUUCAGAGCAAAUUUCUAGUGAAGAAGCCUAGUCGGGUGCUUGUUCCACUAUGUGGGAAAACAUUGGAUAUGAGAUGGCUUGCUGAAGAAGGUCAUGAGGUUGUUGGAGUAGAAGGUGUUCUCCAAGCUGUCAUGGAAUUCUUCCAAGAACAAGAUCUCUCCUACAAAGAAAGUGAUAUCCCUGGGAUAAAAGAUGGCAAACUAUUUGAGAAUGAAGACAAAAAGAUAAAAAUAUACCUGUGUGACUUCUUUAAAUUCUCCAAAGAUUUUGCAGGUCAGUUUGAUGCUAUUUGGGACCGAGGUUCUCUUGUUGCUGUCGAUCCCUCAUCACAACAGCAAUAUACAGACGUCCUUCUCUCAGUACUUUCCCCAGGAGGGCGCAUUCUGAAUGAGGUGUUUGAGUACAGCCUAGAGGAAAAACCAAAAGGUCCUCCCAAUUCACUGCCUGAUGAAGUUAUACAAAAGUUAUAUGGAGAGAAAUUUUCCAUCGAGCUUUUAGCAGACAACAAUCACAUGAACCAGCAUUUCAAAGACCAAGGGCUGACAUGGAUGAGACAGCAUAUACGCAUCAUGACCCUCAAAUAACUUCAUUCUAAGCCAAACUCUGUCAUUGAAGUUAUUUUUUAUCAAAUCAAAGAGUCAAUACUGACUUAUUCAUUGAUAAAGGCACAUAUUAAUUCAUUAAUUUGUUUAAUUCUAUAAUAUAUUUUUCUGCGCAUUUAUGCAUUGAUUGAUUUUGCUCAUUUUUGUCAUGAUUAAUUUCAUUUAUUUGAUCAGAUGAAUUGAGUAAUUUAACCUUACAUUAUUAUAUCAAAUGUAUAAAUGAUCAGUAAUGCAUGGGAAUGUAUUAUAAUGUAUGUAUUACAUUUUAAAAUCAUGUAAAGUUUUAUCACUAGACAUAAGCUUUUUAAACAUUUUUUUGUACAUAGGAUUAGGUCUUAAUAGCACAAAAAAGAAAGUUUUCUCACUUGAGACCCAAAAGUUCUCAUAUAAAAUUCAUUAUAACUAAUUGAGUGGACCGAAAUUACUUUUUAAAUUAGAAUUGAUUUUCAUUUAUUUAAUUGCUCAAUGUAUCGGAUUCAUAAAGUUCCAUUUUCACAUCUGAUGGCAGAACUCAGCCUAAGAGAACACGCCUCUACCACAAUCCUCCAAUUAUUGUCAAAUUAUACCAGUGAGAAUAAUGCAAAAUUAAUAAGGGGUAGGGUAUUAAAAGUAAUGUUUCAGAGUCGGUUGAGUUUUAUUUCAUAUCUCAUCUUAUUUUUGUCAUUUAUUUAGCUCCAUAUAAUAUCUU